AUGGAACUGUUCCAUCCCAUCAGUUUAAUUGCGUUGAGGUACAAACACCCCAUCUACACGUACACACAUCACAUCUACACGUACAUACACCACAUAUACACGUACAAACAUCAAAUCUACACGUACAAACACCCCAUCUACACGUACACACAUCACAUCUACACGAACAAACACCCCGUCUACACGUACAAACAUCACAUAUACACGUACAAACAUCACAUCUACACGUACACACAUCAUAUCUACACGUACAAACACCACAUCUACCCGUACAAACAUCACAUCUACACGUACACACAUCACAUCUACACGUACCAACACCCCAUCUACACGUACACACAUCACAUCUACACGUACAUACACCACAUCUACACGUACACACACCACAUCUACACAUACUUACACCACAUCUACACGUACAAACACCCCAUCUACACGUACACACAUCACAUCUACACGUACAAACACCCCAUCUACACGUACAAACAUCACAUAUACACGUACAAACAUCACAUCUACACGUACAAACAUCACAUAUACACGUACAAACAUCACAUCUACACGUACAAACAUCACAUAUACACGUACAAACACCCCAUCUACACGUACAAACCUCACAUCUACACGUACAAACACCCCAUCUACACGUACACACAUCACAUCUACACGUACAAACAUCACAUCUUCAUAUACAAACACCCCAUCUACACGUACAAACAUCACAUAUACACGUACAAACAUCACAUCUACACGUACAAACAUCACAUCUACACGUACAAACACCCCAUCUACACGUACACACAUCACAUCUACACGUACAUACACCCCGUCUACACGUACAAACAUCACAUUUACACGUACAAACAUCACAUCUACACGUACAAACACCCCAUCUACACGUACAUACACCACAUCUACACGUACAAACACCCCAUCUACACGUACAAACAUCACAUCUACACGUACAAACAUCACAUCUACACGUACAAACAUCACAUCUACACGUACAAACACCACAUCUACACGUACAAACAUCACAUCUACACGUACAAACAUCACAUCUACACGUACAUACACCACAUCUACACGUACAAACAUCACAUAUACACGUACAAACAUCACAUCUACACGUACAAACAUCACAUCUACACGUACAAACACCCCAUCUACACGUACACACAUCACAUAUACACGUACAUACACCCCGUCUACACGUACAAACAUCACAUUUACACGUACAAACAUCACAUCUACACGUACAAACACCCCAUCUACACGUACAUACACCACAUCUACACGUACAAACACCACAUCUACACGUACAAACAUCACAUCUACACGUACAAACAUCACAUCUACACGUACAGACAUCACUUCUAUACGUACAAACAUCACAUCUACACGUACAAACAUCACAUCUACACGUACAAACACCACAAAGAGACCAAACACGUAUCAAAAUAUCUUCACCGAGAAAUGAUUGAAUGA